AGCGGCAAGAAGGAAAUGGAAGAUGAGGAGACAGCAGAGUUUCUGUGGCAGGCUAAGUUGGCAAAGGGCGAUUACCACGCAGCAAUGACCGACUCGAUGUUCAUGGAGUGGCUUGAACACCGCCUUAGCCCUGCGUACAACGCGAUCCCGGAGUUCAAAGGCAAACGGAUGAUUCUUGUUCUUGACAACGCCUCAUACCACCAUGGAUUUGACGCGGAAGUCAAAGUGCCGGAAACCAACACCAAGAAGCACAACGUCGAUCUGUUGCGUAUGUUUGGGGCCAAGUCGAUCAGGGUUAGGCGUAAGGAGGGCGAACAGGGCGUUGUUGAGUACAACUUCGAGGUACCGACAGAGCCUGGUUCUUCAUUCCCUGCAGGGAACAGGGAGGGCGGUGUAAGCAGAGCGGAGGUAGCAACGGCCACUCGGGAGUACAUCCACCUCAAUCACCCUGAAAGGCUCGAGGAACGUGUGGUGACGUUGAUGAGGAAAAAGGGGUGGGCGUUGAUUUGGACGCCGCCCUACAUGCCGUCCUUUCAACCGAUCGAGCUUUUUUGGCAGCAUGGUAAGCAGUAGGUCAGCCUUCACUUUGAGUUGAAGCGAAAGAUGCGGGAGGUGUGGGUGCAGAUUCGUAAAGGUUGGUACGGGGACAAGGAAUGGCCAGGCCAGG